UCUAGUCAGAUUUACUACGUCACUAAUAUCAUCCUUUAGCUCUACAAUGAAUUAUUCUUCUUCAUGAGCCAACAGGAAUGUGGACUUCAUCGGGGAGGAUAUGUGCGUUUAACUCAGAGGAUAAGUAAAUAUCAAGUUUAGAUUAUCAGUAACUAUCCAUUGAUUGCAUUAGUGUGAUUCAUUUGUCUUCCUGGUGGAAGGUUUACUGAUCAGACCAGAUUAAGUCUUUUAGACAAAUGUCGACUCAGCGGAAUACAACGGGCUUGUGUCUCUCCUCGGACAAUAAUGCAUCUGACAACAGAACAAAACAGUAAACUAGACACAAACUUUAAUCUGCAACAACAAAAUAUCAUUUGCUGACGUCACCAACAGGCACUUUUUACAUUUUGGAUCCUGUAGAAAUGCAUUUAGUCGGGCAUCCAGGCAUUCGAGGCUUGCUCCUAAUGUGAGUUUGAGUAAUGGGAAGUUGCUUUGGAGUGAUACAUCAAAGGUCUCGCCUGUCCUCCAGGAACGCAUCCAGAUACAGCUCCAAACGAGGAGGACGCAAUGAGCCCCUGAAGAAAGAUAGGCCCAAGUGGAAAAGUGACUAUCCUAUGACAGAGGGCCAGCUGCGCAGUAAAAGAGAUGAAUUCUGGGACACGGCUCCAGCUUUUGAUGGCCGUAAAGAGAUCUGGGACGCGCUAAAAGCUGCAGCUGUAGCGAUUGAAUGUAACGACCAUGAACUAGCGCAGGCUAUUGUAGAUGGAGCCAGCAUCACACUGCCUCAUGGAUCCCUUAUGGAGUGCUAUGAUGAACUGGGCAACCGCUAUCAGCUCCCUGCAUACUGCUUGGCUCCUCCAGUCAACCUGAUCUCUGAGUGCAACGAUCAUAAUGUGUCUGAAUCCACUGAGCCACCGGAGAAGAAAGAGAAGGAGUUCCAGCUGAAGGUGCGUCUCUCCACCGGAAAAGACCUUCGUCUCAGUGCCACUAUGGCCGAUUCCAUCCGUCAGCUGAAGAAACAGCUUCAAGUUCAGGAAGAUAUUGAUACCAUCAAUCAGCGCUGGUUUUUCUCUGGAAAGCUCCUCACGGAUAAAACACGUUUACAGGACACCAAGAUCCAGAAGGACUUUGUAAUACAGGUCAUUGUUAUUCAGCCCAUUGUUCCCAACUAGUAAACAGACAAAACUGUGAACCAGGACUAAAUAAACUCAAAACUGCUUUUAUGUUUCCACUGUAGCCCACUGAUCAGGUCGGAUUUCUUUUCCAAAUGUGAAGAACAAACAUUUCUUAUAUAAACAUCUUAACUGUAGCAUACUAAAAUGUGUUAUACUAAAUUACAUAUAUUGCCUUCUUGGUUUUAAUAUCCGUAUGUUGUGUGGAUAAUCAUUUCCAUAUUCUAUAUGGUAUCUUUUGCCUUGAUCCUUGAUACAGUCAACUGCUUAGCAGGCAUAGACUACUUUCAAGAGGGUGAAUUUUUCAUAGUGCAAGGAUUUUUCAAUCUUAUUAAGACACUGUUUAAAUGGUUAUUGCAUCAUGAUGCCAUUUUGAUUUUCUUUAAUCUUAGACUGUUCAGAGACUUAUAAAUCUGUCUGUUACAUCUGUUAUCAAAAAAACUUUGGUACUCUGUCCGAUUUUAUUUGCCAGUCAUAAUUUGUGUUCAUAUUCCGAAGCAAUAUGUAUACAUUUUACAUUUGUUUGUAACCAUGCUUUUAUCAAGGUUUGUAAUUUAUUUUAGCACAGUCAGGUUCAUUUUAUGAUUUCUAAUGUAAAUGAAUUUUAAAUGAUUAAAAAUUACAAGGUUUGUUUAUUGACAUUAAAAACUCUAAAUUGUACAAUUAUUUUAUAUUGUAAUAUAUUGUUUCAUUAAGAAACAGAAUUGUAACUAAUUGUGUAUCUGGAGAAAAAACAAUCUCACUGUCAGUAUUUCACAAGUUUUUACUAAAUUUGACUGAUUUUUAUACUGUGGCAAAACAAAUUGAGUUUUUUUUUAAAUUAUUUGUUGAAUUUUCUAUUGAAAAAAAUGUUGGCUGGCUUCAUUUACAAAUUGGCUUUUGUGGCAUGAUGAUUUAUUAUCAGAUUUUUUUUUUCUCUGAUAUGAAUGGAAUUAAAUAGAAAUUUCAAAACACGUCAGUCUGUGUAUCAGUGUAAAUACCAGUGCACGGUUUAUUUUUAAUACAAUGUAUUGAUAAACAACUUAUAAAGAUAUAUUUCUCACUG